UGUCACUUUACCAAAUGUCAUAUCUCAGAAGGUUACUUAGAAGACGGAGGUUUGACCUGGAUUAUUUUAUCACUAAAUUAUCAGGGUUUUCAUGAUGAUAGGACGCUGCUCACUCGAUAUGAGUAAAAUGUAGAGCGUCUCUCAUUUUUCUGGCGUGGCGUCCCUACCUUACACACAUGUAUAAAACUGAGUGUGUGUUUACUAAUCUUCGUCAUUAUUUUUUCAACUGAGUGCAAAAUAAGUCUCUUAGAACUAAUACUACAGUUUGUCUGCUCAAUUGUGAAACAAUGGCUCAAUUUCAAGGGAUCGUGAACCAACUACAAAAUGAAAACAAUCAUCAUUUUGGGUUCGGAAUCUUUGUACCUGUACCCCCGUUACCAUUUCCUGAACUUGAGAAUAUUUGGGAAUGGAAACGUCAUAACGGAAUGCCUGUGUUUCAAGAUCCUCAAUCAGAAUGGACAAGAUACCUUCCAUCCCCCACUUAUAAGUUUGCUGAGUCUCGACUAGGAAGAGUUUUUGCCAGUGGAUGGAGAAAACCCGUUCAAACAUUCAAAGUGAAUUGUUCAAGUGUACCAGGAACACUCCACAACAAUUUAAGAUCCCUUCUUGCUCUAAUUUAUAAGUCCGACCUAAAGAAAUUAAGGGUACGAAGAUCAGCAGAUGGAAAUUCCAUUAUUGUGCAGAAAAUGAGGGGGGACCUGAAAGAUUUUGACGCCAUUUAUCACCAGAUACCAAUCCGCACCAAGAAUGGUCGAAUUAGUCGGACAGUUGAAGAUAUUAUAAUAGAUAUUAAUCGAAACGGAGCCCGAAUGAAACUUGAUCCAGGAUCGUUUCCUUGUCGCCAUGCUCGCUGUCGAAUUGGAGAUCUGAUGACGCAAUCGUCAACUGUCAAGUGGGGCCCGGGUGAACAUCAAGUGGUUCAUGUCAGGAAGAGAUUUACCUGUUCCAGCAACAAUGUUGUCUACCUUAUUCAUUGCCAUGCCUGUGUACAACUAGGUUUGUGGACUACAUAUGUAGAGGAGAGUAAUGCGACAAGGAAUCUCCAUUCUCGAAUAAGUAAUCAUGUCAGCAAUCUCGGUGAUCAAGAAAAUCGUGACCUUUACCCGACCGGAGAUCUGUAUCAGGAAAUAACUGCUAUCCUCAAUGGUGCUCAUGACCCUCAUUCCUUACUGCGUGACCCAUACGUUCAUUUCAACUUUAUACAUAGCAAAUCAGAUCGCCGGUAUACUUUUUUGGAUGGAGGGUUCUCUUCAGACCAACAAAGGAGAAAUUGUGAAUUUCUCUACAAACAAGUCUGUGGCAAUUUCGUCUACACUGCUGCCACUAACUCAGGAAGCCUCAACAAAUUUAAUUAGAAUAUUUGUACUGUUCUAUUUUUUAUACAUAUAUUAAUAUGAAUUACGUUAUGUAUAUUACUUAGUAUUAAUUGAGAUUUAUCUU